GGCCAUGGCCAGCGCGGUGAACAAGGCUCCAGCGAGCGGUGGUGCCCGGCGCGUGCUGUUGUUUCCGCUGCCGUUUCAGGGCCACAUCAACCCGAUGCUGCAGCUCGCCGCCGUGCUGCACGCCCGGGGCCUCCGUGUCACCGUCUUCCACUCCGCGUUCAACGCCCCGGAACCCGCGCGCCGCCCCGCGGGCUACCGCUUCGUCACCGUCGGCGCCUCAGUGCCGAUCGCAGACCUCAUCCCCACCGGCAGCCACGGCAACUUCGCCGAGGCGCUGCUUCGCAUCAACGAGCGUCUCGAGGCGCCUUUCGAGGACAGCCUCCGCAAGUUGGUCCUCGAGGAGGAGGGAGCGCCGGCAUGCCUGGUGGUAGACUCCAACCUCCGGGGGAUGCAGGUGGUCGCCCACCGUCUCGGCGUGCCGACGCUGGUGCUGCGCACGGGUGCCGCCGCCUGCCUCUUGGCUUAUAUGGCCUUCCCGGCGCUCUGCGAUAAGGGCGUCCUCCCGCCACAAG